AUGAGUUUCUUCAAGAACCUGUUCAAGGAGGCUGGCGUGAAGGAUGUCAUCACUCUCUUCCACGCCCCCAAGAACCCGGUCUCGACACGCGUUUACACCCUUCUGAAGCAAACGCACGCAACGGCCGUGGCUCAUGCUACGGAGGACCAGGCGAGCGAUCACACCAAGCAGAGCAAGCUUGAGAGGACCGAGUUUGAGUUGGACGUACAAGAAGGUGCCCCUACCACGGAUCAAUUGACCAGCAUCUUGGAAUACCUGGGCCCCUCGAAAGCCGGCAGCGUGGUUCAGGAUGCUACGGGCACUACGGAUGCGUUGCGGAAGUUCAAGCAGAAUGAGAGUCUGUUCCAGAGGCCGGUGACGGUGGAUUGGAACAACGGCAGGGCAGUGGUUGGCGAGGACGAGAGCGAGAUCCUGAAGUUGGUCCGCUCCUUGCCCAAGGAGACUGGCAAGGUAUAG